GCAGUGCGUCAUCAGGAAGGCGUCGAAGUUCAGGCGGUUCAGCCGAGUCGUAGAAUUGGGCUGUCCCUUAGAAAGGGAGGAAGUGGGCAAGACGGUGUGGGCCAGGGUGGCCUGAGUGGCCUCCCCCUGACCUUGUCAGUAAGGCCUCUCGCUACGUCUCGAUUACUGUUUUGCUAGGUUUUCUCUGAAUUUCUUAAGGUAUCGCCUGAGUCCCCCUCAACCUGGAAAGGAAAAGGAAAGAGGAGCAGCAAAUGUAUGGCUGCGGUCAAAAGAGCCUUCUGAUACUUUAAAAGGCUGGAAAAGGUUAUUUACAGCCGUAUCGCUUUAACAGUCAAAUCCAAGAAUACAAUUAGUGCAGUAACCUUUCUUGAUAGCAGCCCAAGAAGACUUACAAUUUCCAGCUUUCGAGCUCACCAGAACAGCUCAUCAGGUCAGCUGUUUUUAAAAAGUGCGAGCAGGAGAAAAGCAGAUUUUUCAGGUCAUUCUUAAGAUUGGCCGUGCUAGCAACGGGUAUAGAUGCUGACGGAUUUAUUGUGGAAGAAGCUUUCCUGAGCCACAGCUUGCAUUGUCAGUGCUAUUCAUCACACAUGUUGAACAAAAAUGAGUGGAGGAUUAGCACCAAGCAAAAGUACUGUUUAUGUGUCCAAUCUUCCCUUCUCACUGACUAAUAAUGACUUAUACAGAAUUUUUUCCAAAUAUGGCAAAGUGGUUAAAGUUACAAUUAUGAAGGACAAAGAUACGAGGAAAAGUAAAGGAGUUGCAUUUAUUUUAUUCUUGGAUAAAGAAUCAGCACAAAACUGUUCACGGGCGCUUAACAACAAGCAACUCUUCGGGAGACUAAUCAAAGCAAGUAUUGCUAUUGACAAUGGGAGAGCUGCAGAAUUCAUCCGCAGGCGAAACUACUAUGACAAAUCAAAAUGUUAUGAAUGUGGGGAAACAGGACACUUAAGCUAUGCUUGUCCUAAAAAUAUGCUAGGAGAACGUGAGCCACCCAAAAAGAAAGAAAAGAAGAAGAGGAAAAAAGCCAUUGAUGCAGAAGAAGAAAUUGAGGACCUGGAAGAAAGUGAAGAAGAAGGAGAAGACCCUGCCCUUGAUAGCCUCAGCCAAGCUAUAGCUUUCCAGCAAGCCAAAAUUGAAGAGGAGCAGCACAGAUCAAUUCAGACUGCAGGAGAGCCUUCAACAUCGGAUUCAAAGCGUCCCCGCAUCAAAAAAAGUGCUUAUUUCAGUGAUGAAGAAGAACUUAGUGAUUAACUUUUGUAUAUUGUAUAUAUUUGUAAAAUGUAAAUUUAUAUCCAGUAGAGAGUUUAUGUUUCAGCUAAAGAAAGUAGCUGCUAUAUCUUGCCUACUCUUGUAAAUAAAAAAUAUAGUAUAUUGAGAACACCAAAUAUAUCUACAAUUAUGAAUUUGUCUUCAUGGUUAAAAGUACAGUAUUUUUGUGGUCAUUGUAAUCAUUUUUCACGUGUUAACUUUUCUGAGUUAAUCCUUGGAUAUAUUUUAAUAAAUAAACAUCUUAAGGAUCACUUAGGUUUUUACUUGUAUAGGCAAAAAAUACAUAUUUCUAUUUUGUUGCACUACCAAAUAGCAUAGCACAGUGGAUUGUCCCCUAGUGUGUUUUGAUGUUCAAAAGGUGUGUUGAAUAGCUAUUUUGUUUGUAUAUUUUAACCAGCUUAAAAAAGAGAGAGUAAGAGUGAUGCUGGAGACUACUGAUUGUUCAUAUUUGAUCUGAAAGUAUAAUUGUCUGAAAAAGUUCUGAGCUUUAAUAAAUGAUAAUUGUGCUCUUAUCUAAAAA